AUGCUUCCAUUCAUGACCGCCGCGUCGCGGCAGUCGCACCUCUUGAACCUCCUGACCCUCUCGCGCUUCUCGCGCUUCCUGUGCCUCUCAUUCCUCUCAUCCCUUUCGUGGCUCUCGUGCCUGUUCCUAUGCUGCUUAUCAUCGCGCGUAUCGGGCGUGGGUGCAAUCGCGGCGGGUCCUACCAAGUCCGGCGCGCUACAGGGCUCCACGUUGCUCCUCCCCACCUCCUGCUUCCUCGCACUUAAGGUACCGCCGCUCCCGCAUUCUCGCGGCUUGCUCUCCGCACUUUCACCCCUCCCUUUUCCACCCUCUCACACCUCUUCCCGUUUCCUGGACUCUCCCUCUCUUCGUGGAAAGUAUCUGCUGGGAGGAGAAUACCGGUGGAGAACGGGACAACGCGUGCGUGGGCACAUCCCCUCCCUUUCAUUCUCGCACCUUCCUCCUAACCUCUCCCCUCACCCUCCUUUCCUCACCCUCCCCGUCUCCCCCGUUCCCGUCCAUUUGCGCCCGCUCCUCCCCGUGCAGGCGUGCGACUUCGCGUUCAACGGGUCGCUGGGCUUCGUGCCGCUCUACUCGCUCGAGACCAUGCAGCCCAACGCUCCCUUCUCCGACGGCGUCCUGCACUCCUCCCCACCCCCACCCGUGCCACCCUCUCUUCCCCCCCUCGCUCCUUUUCCCCGCCUCUCUGCUACCCAUCCUGUUGUUCCAACCUUUUCCCUCUGGAAGGCGCCCCAGUGUCCGCCCUUCACCGUGGUGCUUUUGAGUCGACUCAACAGUCCUCUCUCCGACUCUCCCCAUCCCCAUCUCCUGUUCUCCCGCCCCCUGCCCAAUUGUCCGCCCUUCACGGUGAGGAAGCUGCCCAAGUGUCCGUCCUUCACAGUGGUCCUACCCUCGAGCUCCUCAGACAGUCCCACGAUCCGCCUCGCCACCGCUGCUCCCAUUACCAACAGCCUUAGCUACAGCGGGGCCUGCUUCAUCCUGUCGUUCGCGCAGCUGGUGCUCAAGCUGGGCAGUGGGCCCAAGGCCAUGGUGCGCCUCUCCCCCGCCGAUGGCAACCUGCAGUUCCCAGACGUGAGUGUGCUCGCCUUGCUGCAGCAGCUGCCGUGUCCCACAUGUGAGUGCUUGCCUUGCCUUGCCACAGCUGCUGCCGUGCAAUAA